AAAUUGAAAGUUUAAUAAACAAAAAACUAUAAUCUUUGUGAUGUUAACUGAGGAAGUUUCUAGCUUGCCAAUAGGCCAGUUCCAAGAGGAGGCUUUUAUUCAUUGUUUUCUAAGUUUUGUAAAGAAGCUGACUUCACAACUGCAUACCCAGAAACAUUUCAUUUUGUUCUUGAUUAUGGAAUGAGUGUUAUUUUCUUAUGAAUCUGUAAAUGCAAGUUAAGUUUUAAUCUUUUUCUUUCUUUGGUUUUCAAUACCUGUCACCAUUUUUACUUACUCUUUUUUUUGGGUUUUGUUGGAUAAUCAACUUACCAGUUACAUAUAUUUUAUAUAUAUUUGUGCUGGUGCUUUUGUUGCUUUACUUCGUUUAUCCUUCUCUCUCUCAUUCUUUUUGGCCCUCAUGGAGUCUGAAAAUGGCGAUAUUAAGUCCAAACUUGAAGAUUAUGAAGUAAUUGAACAGAUUGGAAGGGGAUCAUUUGGAGCUGCUUUUCUUGUUCUGCACAAAAUUGAGAGAAAAAAGUAUGUACUGAAGAAGAUUCGCUUGGCCAAGCAAACUGAGAAAUUUAAGCGUACAGCACAUCAAGAGAUGGAUUUGAUUUCCAAAUUGGAUAACCCAUACAUUGUGGACUACAAAGAUGCAUGGGUAGACAAGGGAAACUGUGUCUGUACUGUAACUGGCUACUGUGAAGGAGGAGACAUGGCUGAGAUAAUAAAGAAGGCCAGCGGAACAUACUUCUCAGAGGAGAAAAUCUGUAAAUGGCUGACCCAGUUGUUGCUAGCUGUAGACUACCUACACUCCAACCGUGUCAUCCACAGAGAUCUUAAGUGUUCCAACAUAUUCCUUACAAAGGAGAAUGACGUCUGUCUAGGUGAUUUUGGACUGGCAAAACUACUCAACAUAGAAGACCUUGCUUCCUCAGUUGUUGGCACCCCCAACUACAUGUGCCCUGAGCUUCUAGCAGAUAUACCUUAUGGCUAUAAGUCUGAUAUCUGGUCACUUGGUUGCUGUAUGUUUGAAAUUGCUGCACACCAACCAGCAUUUAGAGCUCCUGAUAUGGCUGCACUCAUCAACAAAAUAAACAGAUCUGCCAUUUCACCUCUCCCAAUUGUAUAUUCAUCCACGCUGAAACAAAUAAUUAAAAGCAUGCUAAGGAAGAACCCAGAACACAGACCAACAGCUUCAGAACUGUUAAGGCAUCCACAUUUGCAGCCGCAUCUCCUGAGGUGCCGAAACCCAUCUACUGUUUAUCUUCCAAUUACACCUACAAACAGCAUGAAGGAGAAGACACCUAGAAAAUCACCAUCUAGCAAACGUAUUAGUGGCAGAGACAAGGUACACAGAGAGGCAAUGGCACCAAACCUAUUGGAAAAGAUGUUUGAGAAAAAUACUCAUGGACAGCCAAACAGUUCACCACACAACAAGCCAACUUCCACAACUAGUACAGAAGACAACCUUGAAACCAAGAAAGUUGAUCCUACUAGCUAUACAUUGGAAGUGGACAUAUCUAGCUCUAUCACUAAUUUUAAAGACAGGUCCACUGAAACUGAGAUAGGCGUUUUCAACGGAGGCAAGCUAGCUGACUCUAAUGGCAUGACUCAAAAGGACAGCACUGAUCUUGAGUUAACUUCCGAGAGCACUCCAAAUUCUAGGCAUGUGGUACAAGAAGAACCUGCUGCCACUGCUGCACAUUUUCAACACUCAGAAGAAGUUGGUGUCACGGCUGUGAGGACGGAAGAUCAAAAACCAGUUUGCAAUAAAGUUGUUGAAGAAACUGAAAUAGAUGCAGUGCGUUCUGCACCUGAAGAUUGCGAGAAGUUGAUGAUGUGCAGCCAAGGCUGCAAUGACAACACUGAAUCCCCUCAUGAUAGAAGCUCUUCAUUGGCUGUAUAUGAACCUGAUGUAGCACCUGAAAGCUGUUUACCAAAGAUAAAAAGCCAAAAUGGACAUACUGGAGAUUCUCACAUGGACUACUUGUCUGACAGCAAUGAGGUACAUCCUUGUGACGAUGACCAAAAAGCAAAACCAGAUAAAAUUAGUUCCUUUAUGCAAAUAGUUGAGGAUCGUAGCAAUAAUGUUAAUCUAACACCAAGUGACAUCUCAUUACUAAGUACACUUACUGGAAUAUGCGGCGAUGAAAGCCGGAGUGAAUGGGAGAAUCCAAGGCAACAAAGAGCUGAUGCUUUAGAAUCUCUUCUGGAGCUCUGUGCAAGGCUACUUAAGCACGAUAAACGUGAAGAGCUUGCUGGUGUGCUGAAACCAUUUGGUGAAGAAGCUGUCUCAUCAAGAGAAACAGCAAUUUGGUUAACAAAAUGCCUCAUGUCUGCUCAAAAGCUUAAUGGGGGAACCUAAGUUUGAACAAGUAUUGCCAUUAAUUUAUUCAUUUUUGUGAGAAAGAAGUUGUUAAAUGCAUUUCUUCCAGAGUGGUGUUUGAUUGUACUCUAUUGGCUUUCAUGGGACAUAAACCUUGAUUUUGGUUAUUUAUCUGGAUCACUAUCAUCCAGCAUGUCAAAUACUUGUAAUCAAAUUGAAUAAAUCAUUUUAUAUUUAUUUGUUUAA